AGCCUCAUCAUUGCGCAGUCCGACAUUCAGAGGACAAAUCCUACAUUGAACGACCUUACUUUUCUAUGGAAGUAACGACGUUGCAUCGUGACUUGAAGGAUCUCACUGUUGUCCACGUCCGCGAUCGACUAUAAGGAGCAGCCAAUCCCUGUCGAAUUCCACACUCCAGCAAACAUUUCGCGUGUUUGCCAUCUGUUCAAGCAUCGACUCCAUCAUCCGCUUUCUCGUCCCUCCAAGCACCGCUAUGCUUCCGAAAGCAUUUGCAAUUGCGCUCCUUGCCGCUACUGGCAUCGCGGCACCCUACCCUAACGAGACGGCCCCGUAUUCCUGGACUGUGCAGAAAUUCAAUGGCACCUGUUCAGCCGCAGCCUGCUGGGCAUGGGGCUUCAGCAUCUCAGGUGCAGCUGGUCGAUCUGGCCAGCCUGCUUUCGAAACAGAUGGCUGCAGUAUCGACAGCAGGGUCGAUGGACAUCAGCAAUGCAGGGGCAUAGAAGUCGACGUGCCUGGCGGAGUGGCUGUUCAGAUUGACAGCGCAAGUAUCAUCGGUGGUCUGUUGACUGUGCAAUAUACUUUUCAGCAGGGACCCAUCAGAUACACGUACUAUGGCAAUCACUCGGUUACGCGACGCGGCGAUGGCGUUCAGCCCGAUUUUCUCCAACCUACCGAAUUUCUCAUUGUCCCGCACGCGGCUUCUGCGAUCGGCAUGAGGGGAAGGGAUUGAUUACAAUAC